ACUUCAAAUUUCUCUAUGCAGAACUACUCACUUUGGCAAUGGCCACUUCAAAACAACUAGAAGUUCACAGAGAAGACCAUACUCCAUCAAAAUGGAGUGUUUCUUUGGGAGAAGAAGCUUUCAGAAGAUUUCUAGGGCAAGCUAAUCCGGUUGUGCAAAAGGUAUUCGGCGAUGGCUCGUUGUUCAGUCCAUUGCUGUUCGGAAAGUUCUUCGAUCCAGCUGAUGCUUUUCCGCUGUGGGAGUUUGAGUCGGAUUUGUUAUUGUCCAACCUCCGCAACUCAGGAAAAUCAACGAUCGAUUGGUUUCAGAUUGAUCAAGAAUAUGUUCUCCAGGCAGAAUUACCAGAAGCUGUGAGAAACACAAUGCAGAUCUUCAUAGAGAAUGGGAAGGUCUUAGAGAUAAGUGGUCAGUUGAAGCAGCAGCAGCAGAGGGAAAGCAAGACGAUCAUCGACUGGCGAAGUGUCAACUGGUGGGAGCAUGGAUAUGUUCGGCGGCUCGAGUUGCCCGACGAUGCUGAUUGGCGGAGAAUGGAGGCGCGUGUCAAAAACGACAUGGUUAUCGAGGUAAAAAUUCCCAAGUUGGAAGCCAAUCAAAGUGCUGAAUCAAAGAACAAAGAUUCUGAAGAUGUAUAAGAAGUUGAGCAACUGUCUCCUUAUGAAAAUGUUCGACUCAAACACAUAUAAUUUACAUCUGCUUUGUGAUGAACUAAAAGGCAUGGAUGCAUCUGAUCAGAUAUGUGUAUGUUGCUGACCAAGUUUAUAUAUGAAUGGGAAUACAAAUAUAUACUUUCAGUUUA